AUGGAGCUGUCAGAUAGACUGAUCAUCUCAAAGCCCUUAUAUUUCAGCGAAUCUACCGAGAAAUGUGGUUACUGCAGAGGUGAAAAGGCCCAAAAGUACGAUUAUUUCGCCACCAAGUCAUGGUGGGACUUGCAUAAGGAGGACGCAAAUCUGUUGCAAUUUAACAAUUGCACUUUGGGCCUGCAAGUAGAAUUGAUACCCGUUGAAAUUUACGAUGAACUUUGUAAUCUGGGUUUUAGAAGAUCAGGGAACUUUCUAUAUAAGGCUGAUAUGUUAAGAAAUUGUUGUCGACUGUACACCAUUCGUACAACUCCUGCAAGAUGCAAGAUUUCGAAAGAACUGAAAAGCUGUGUCUCAAGAUUUCGCAAGAGAAUAUCAAGCCCUAAUGGGGGUCAAAGCACAAAUAGCGCAAACGGCGUCGUUAAUGGGAAGCAUAGUUUCAUAGACGAGAUUUUGCAGGCAGAAGAAUCUAGCACAACCUUUCGGACUAACUUUGAGCCUCCCACUUAUACUCCUGAAAAGUAUCAAUUGUUUGUCAAAUAUCAAGAGCAAGUGCAUCAUGAUUACGGUAAUUCGGUCAAAUCGUUCAAGAGGUUUUUAUGCGAAUCACCUUUUCCAGAAGACGUAGUUGCAGGUACGAAAGAGGAGUGGGAUCAACUCAAUAACUGGAGAAAGCUGAAGAAAGGUGAGCAUAUAAAGAGAGUAGGACCCGCACAUGAAUGCUAUUAUUUUGAGGAUAGACUGAUAGCUCUAGCAGUAACGGACUUCCUUCCCAGUGGCAUAUCUUCGGUUUAUUUCAUCUGGGACCCUGAAUUUGCACGGUGGUCGUUGGGCAAAUUGAGUGCCCUACGAGAAAUGAGUCUGCUUGCAAAAAUUAACCGGGACUAUUACUAUUUGGGUUACUACAUUGAUGACUGUCCCAAAAUGAAAUAUAAGUGUAAGUUUGGAGGGGACAUUUUGGAUGUCUGCAAUAAUGAAUAUGUUCCACUUGAACAAGUGGCGUCUCUUAUCCGAAAUGGAAAAUUCUUUGUUCUUGCAAACGAAAAGACACCACAAAACGAUGACGAAGAUUAUGAUGAUGAUGAGGAAGACGAUGACGGACCUCUGAGCGAACUGCCGCUCGAUGACACACCUAAGGUAGACACCAGUCUACCCACGAAAAACAUAGUCGAGAGAAUAUACGGGGAAAAUGGAGGAGCAUCCCAAUCUGCUAAUGACGCAGUAGAUAAACUUGACGAUCUUGGAAUUGAGUACACCCCUCAAUUAUUCAAUGACCUGUAUAAGCUGAAACCACUUUUCCCCCAUGAGCAAUCAGCUGAAUCAGAAGAGCAUUACGAGGAAGACGAUGGCGACGUGCCUGGGUACACAAAUGCUAUAUACCAUCUGCCAAAUGUUGUUCCAGGAUUGCUACCACUCUGGCAGAUUUACCAAAUGGUCGAGUCUGGUGAAAUACACCGUCUGAAUAAUAAACUGAUGCUCUACAAUACACGAACUGGCCAUAUUCGCUUGGUUGUAGACUUUCAGCUAGAGUCCAAGCGUACUAAGCGUGUUAUAUGCAACGUAAUCCGCAUGAUUGGUCUAAGAAACACUGCCAAAUCUCUUAUCAUCAUAUAG